CUGUUUACUUAACGUUAUCGUGGCGUUGGCCUUUGAUUUUUCAGUAGCGGAGAAGAGCUCUAACUCUGUUGCAGUAUUUCUUUAGCAGGUAAGAUGCAAGGAACUAUUCAUGCAAUUCGUUCACAUGGAAACAUUCUCAAACAUUCAAUUCUGCAACGAAUCCGUCUGGUGGAUCCAGUCUUGCGUCCUGCCAUAUUUUCGCGUUUCGAGUCUGUUUCAUCUGCCCGGUUAGAAGAGCAUGGAUUUGAAAGCACCACUAUUUCAGACAUUCUAAAAGCCAAAGGUAAAAGUGCUGAUGGUUCUUGGCUUUGGUGCACCACAGAGGACACUGUUUAUGAUGCUGUGAAAUCGAUGACACAACACAAUGUUGGAGCUUUGGUGGUUGUGAGGCCAGGAGAGCAAAAGUCGAUUGCUGGCAUUAUCACAGAGAGAGACUAUCUUAGGAAGAUCAUCGUACAGGGAAGAUCAUCCAAGUCAACUAAGGUUGGAGACAUUAUGACUGAAGAGAAUAAGCUCAUCACAGUGACACCAGAUACCAAAGUUCUGCGAGCAAUGCAACUAAUGACAGAUAACCGUAUUCGGCAUAUUCCUGUUAUCAAUGACAAGGAGAUGAUGGGCAUGGUGUCCAUUGGAGAUGUUGUGCGAGCUGUGGUGAGUGAGCACAGGGAGGAGUUGGAUCGCCUUAAUGCAUAUAUACAGGGGGGUUAUUAGAUUGGGAAUGCUGGUAGAUGGGGAUGAUGGUUCCUGAGUUCAAACACUGAAAUGAUUGUAAAUAGGGUUGUGUGCAUCUCCUGGUACUGUUUUAUCUACCACCAUCUAGUUUAUAUGUGAUGGUGAUGAAUAAGCUACUUUUAACAUAAUAAGAAUGACGACCCUUGUGGUGUUGUAUCCUCGGUUUCCAUAAUAAUUUGCUUGAUGAAACGUACGAGAUGAUAGAUAUCGAGGUUGCUUUGAAUCCA